AAUGGCCAACUCGGUUUUUGUAUCGGAUUAUCGAAGAAAAGCCUUCAAUGUAUUAGGGUUGGGGUUUUGUUUCAUGGUGCUGAUGACAAAGGGUUAUGCAAGAGAUUUCUCAGUGAAUUGGAGCCUUCACAAUGCCGAUAGUUACAAUCAAUGGGCAGAAAAAAACAGGUUUCAGAUUGGAGACUCGCUUGUGUUUACCUACACACCAAACAAUGACUCAGUGCUUCAUGUGACCGAGGAGGCCUACAAAAACUGCAGUGUGGAAUCACCACUCUCCAGCUACAGCGAUGGUCACACUGUUUUCUCGUUGAGUCAUUCGGGUCCUUACUAUUUCAUCAGCGGAAACAAAGAUAACUGUGAGCAAAAUGAGAAGUUGGUGGUGGUUGUUUUAGCCGACAGGAGUAACCGUUCUUCGACCACAAAUGGAACGGUCCCUCCUUCUCCUGCGUCUUCUAGUUCAAUUGAUAUAAUACCACCUCUGGCACCUUCUACGUUGUCUCCUCCUGCUCUCCUGCUGCAUCCACCAACCGAAACGGCUGAAACUAACCCUACACUAGCACCGAGUGAUGAAUCUAAACCACCAAAUGCAGCAUCCGCGGUAUUCACGAGUGUUACUGGUUCUAUGGGAGCAAUAUUUGUUGCUUCGACCUUUCUUUUAGCAUUCUGAAAGUAAGAUUUCAGUCAUGAAUUGGAUUCCUUCCUUUUUUGAUGCAUUUCUUUGUUUGAUUUUCCUCAAAAAUCCUGUUUUCCGGGUUCAACUGGGUUUAUCUCGAUAAUUGAUUGAUAAAA